AUGGAUAGGACCAAAGAAUUUCACAAGUAUUUACAAGGAGCAACUGUAUCAAUAACAGCGAGUCCCACUAAGAGUAGAAGGUUAAACCCUCCUUCGCGUCAAAUGCAAGACUUUUAUAAUCAUUCAAAAGAAGUCAACAUGAGACUUGAAGAAGCAAUCAAAUUCGUGAACGAACUUGAUGGUUUAGUCAAUACUGAUAACAUAUUAAACGAAAAUGAUCCAAAAAUUCAAAGACUUAUUAACACUUUAGGAGAAGAAUUCAAAUACAUCCAAACGCAAAUAGAUGCUCUCGAAAGUACUCCGUCAACUAACGGACAAGCUAAAGCUGUUGCUGUUACACUAAGAAGGCAGCUUAAAAACACAAUGAAUAUCUUUAAACAAUCAGUAAAUAAAACUACAGAAAGAGUAAAAGCGACUGCAGAGCGAAGAAAACAGAAUGGAUAUGUAAGAUCAGCAUCUGCGCAGUACACAACAUCAUAUAAUGUUGAUGAUGAAAUAGAAAUUCCAAUUAAUCAGAUGCAACAAGUAGAAAUGGAACAUUUAAACGAAAGAGCCUCAUUAGUACGUGGUGUCGAACAGCAAACUAGCGCGAUUUUACAGAUGUUUAAUGAUUUAUCUCAAAUUAUCGCAGAUAGUAACUAUAAUAUUGUAAGAAUUGACGAGAAUACGAUGGAAGCAUUGAAUAAUAUGAAAGAAGGUCAGUCCCAAAUGGAAAAAUACGCAGAAAAAGUGAAAAAUAACAAAUGGUUUAUUUUGAAGAUAUUUGCAGUAUUAUUUGUAUUUGCUCUCAUCUUUAUUUUGAUUGUAUAA